AUGAGUUCAACAAAAUACCUUCUGUUAUCCUGCCUUCUUUUUGCUUCACUAUUUGUUUAUGCUUACUCGAGAGCGUUAAUCGACACUGAUAGCUUCGUAGCCUCUAACGACGACAAAGAACUUGUUUCGUUAGAUGAAGACUCCUCUAAUGACGACAAAGAACUUGAUUCGUUAUAUGAAGACUCGUUAGAAAAUGAUGAUCUUGAUUCGAUUGAUGAGGAAUCAAAUGAUCACAAGAAGUCUGGUCACAAACAUAAGCGUCAUCCAUGCAGACGCCAUUCUCGUAAGACUGGUCGACACCAUCACGGACGGGGACCAGUACAACCCCCUAAACCUUCCUCUAACAUUAAUGACUUCAAUAUCGACAAUGAGGUGGAUCAAUACGAAGGACUUGAUUCAUUCGAUGAAGAGUCAAAUGAAGAGUCAUUAGAGAUGGAUGAUGAUCUUGCUUCGAUCGAUGAAGAAUCACAUGAUCACAAGAAGAAGCAUGGUCACAAACACAAGCGUCAUCCAUGCAAACGCCAUACACAUUCACGAAAGGGAAAGGGAAAACGAAGUCAUGCACCGGUAGAACCACCUACACAACCACCUACACAACCACCUACAGGUUCCUCUAACAUUGCUGACAUUGAUACAUGGAUGGAUCUAGAUGAAAGUGUUGCUUCUGUCGAUGAAGAAUCAUUUGAUCAAAUGAAUUAUGAUGAUCUUGAUCCGAUUGAUGAGGAAUCAAAUGAUGAUCACAAGGAGUCUGGUCACAAACAUAAGCGUCAUCCAUGCAAACGUCAUUCUCGUAAGAGUGGUCGACACCAUCACGGAUCGGGACCAGUACAACCCCCUAAACCUUCCUACGAGAUUAAUGACAUCGAUAAUGAGAUGGAGCAAUAUGAAGGAGUUGAUUCAAUCGAUGAUCAAGAGUCAUUAGAGAUGAAUGAUGAAGAAUCAGAGGGACACAAGAAGUCUGAGCACAAAGGCAAGCAUAAGCCAUGCCGUCGACAUUCACAUGCACAUCCACCAAAGAGAGGACGACCUGAUGAACCAGUACUAGACCCACCUGCAUCUUGA